AUGGCUCGAUUAAAAGUCCUAAUUUGUGGCGGCGGCAUCGCCGGCAACGCCCUCGGCUUCUGGCUCACCAAAUCGAACCACGACGUCACGGUCGUGGAGCGGUACCCAGACCUGCGGGUGACGGGGCUGCAGCUCGACCUGCGCGGGCCCGGCAUCGAGGUUCUGAAGCGCAUGGGGCUCGACGAAGGGUUCCGCGCGCACGCUGCGAAGGAGGAGGGCACGCGGGUGGUCUCAAGCUCUGGGAGGGAACUGGCGUACUUCCCGGCGAACAAGAGCGGACAGGGCGCCCAGAGCAUCACCUCGGACUACGAGAUCAUGCGUGGUGAUCUUACCAGACUGCUAUACGGUACUUCGAAGGCUAAGGUGUUGUUUGGGACAUCCAUCGAGAGCUACGAAGACAAGCGCGAUUGCGUUGAGGUUGUGUUCUCAGAUGGCAAGACUGAGCAAUUUGAUCUACUCGUCGGCGCGGAUGGCCAAUGGUCACGCACCCGAAACAUGAUGAUCGGAAAGGACACCCCAGACCCGAUGCACUUCCUCCGCGACAACGUCUACAUCGGCUACUAUACCAUACCCAAGGAGAUGGAACCGGGCGACAACUACGACGCCAACGUCUUCCUAGCGACAGGGGGCCGGAUGAUCUUCUGCCGGAGGAGCGACCCGCACAAGAUCCAGGCAUACUUCGAAGUGAUGAAGGGAGGCGCCACGGAGCGGCUGGCCCAGGCGCACAGGGGCGGCGUCGCGGGCGAGAAGGCAGCCCUGGCCGAGAUAUUCCGCGGCGCCGGCUGGAGGACGGAGGAGUUCCUCAGGGGGCUCGAGGAGGCGGACGACUUCUACAUGGAGCGCCUCGCGGUCGUCAAGCUCGACUCGUGGUCCAAGGGCCGCGUGGUCCUCGUCGGGGACGCCGCGCACUGUCCGACGGCGGCCACUGGCAUGGGCACGACUUCCGCUAUGGUCGGGACCUACAUACUGGCCGGCGAGAUCGAGAAGCACUGCGGGGCGUCCGGGGGCAAGGAGGGCCUCGCUGUCGCGCUCGAGGAGUACGACCAAAAGCUGCGGCCUUUUAUCACCCGGGUCCAAAAGGGGGUUGUGGAGGGCUCCAGGGUCUUCGAUCUUGUGCCUACGUCGUGGGUAGGGACUGCCUUUCUCCAUGUGAUUCUGAGACUGGUCAUGCUUCUGAGGUUGAUGUCCAUUGUGGGCUGGUUUUUCCAGGAGGACGGUGGGGAUGAGUGGCGGCUCCCGGAAUACGAUGAGAUGCUUGGCAAGGCGUAG